AUGACGGUUCUCUCUGAUGCAGAAGAUUCCGACUUCAUUCCCUUCCCUUACCCACAGCUGCAAGGCGAAGAGGAGAAGCGACCUUGGUGGAAGGGCGUCGUAGCGUACCAAGUCUGGCCAAUGUCAUUCAAGGACAGCAACGGCGAUGGUAUUGGAGACAUCCAAGGAAUAAUCUCCAAGCUCGACUAUCUCAAAGACCUCGGAGUCGAUGUGAUCUGGCUGUCUCCAACUUACAAGUCUCCGAUGGAUGAUUGGGGUUAUGAUAUCAGCUCGUAUACUGAGAUCCAUGAACAAUUCGGUACGAUCGAAGACAUGGAGGAGCUUAUCAAUCAGAUACAUAAGCGUGGCAUGAAGAUCUUGUUGGACCUCGUCAUCACCCAUACCAGUGACAAGCACCCUUGGUUCCUGGAGAGUCGCAAGUCGAAGGACAACGAGAAGUCCGACUGGUACAUGUGGGCCGACAAGCGGCCAGGCAAUGAGAUCGAGGGCGAGCUAGUCGAGGAGCCAUCGAACUGGCGAGCUGCGUUUGGUGGAAGUGCUUGGACGUACGCCGAGGAGCGCGAACAAUACUUCAUCCAUCUCUUCCUCGGCUCUCAACCCGAUCUGAAUUGGGAGAACCCUGAUGUUCGAGAGGCAGUAUACCAAGAUGCUGUUAAGUUCUGGUUAGAUCGUGGGGUUGACGGCUUCAGGGUAGAUACGGCCAAUCGCUUCCACAAGGAUCCGAAGUACCCGGAUGUUGAGCCCACGGUGGCUGGCAAAUGGCAACCCGGUAGCAAGCACUAUAUCAAUGGACCCAAGAUGCACGAAUGGCUGCAGGAACUUCGUGCAAAGAUGGCAAGGGACACCAAUGGGAAAGACCUCAUGCUGGUGGGCGAGCUGCCCCUAACGCCCUACGACGAGCUUCUCAAAUAUGUCAUCCCCGACAGAAACGAACUGUCUAUGGUAUUCGACUUCGAUAUGGUCAAGCUCGGCAACAACGAUAACCCGGAUGAGUUCGCCAAGCACGAGGUCUGUAACUUCAUGGAUAAGAAUUCCAGCUUCACGCUCCCCAAGUUCAAGAGUGCCAUUCAGAAAGUCCAGAACCUCAUCACAGAUACCAAUGCCUGGGGGACUGUCUUCGAUUCAUGCCAUGACCAGCCACGCAGCAUUGCCCGCUAUGCAACUCCAGAACCGAAAUACUGGCGAAAAGCUGGCAAGCUUUUGGCCCUCCUGCAGACAACUCUCUCCGGAACCGAAUUCAUCUACCAGGGCCAGGAGAUCGGUAUGGUAAAUAUGCCAGAGAGCUGGGGAGUCUCAGAGUUCCGCGACCCCGAUGCCCUCAUCUACAUCGAGGACUACUGCAACUUGAACCGCCGUAAAGACCCCAACGCCCGCGAAAACGCCAUCAAAGGCGUCUUCAAAGUCGGCCGCGAUAACUCCCGCACACCAAUGCAAUGGAGCGACGAGCCCAAUGGCGGCUUCACCGGCAGCAACCCAACCUGGAUGCGGAUCAACGAGAACUACAGCUGGCUAAACGUCAAGGCCCAACAACUUGACCCCGACAGCAUCUGGAACUUCUGGCGCGCCCGCAUCGCCAUGCGCAAACUCCACCGCGAACUCUUCAUGUUCGGCACAUUCGCUUUAUACGACUACGACAACCCCCGAACUUUCACAUAUACCAAGAUGUCCACGACGGGACAGAUGGCGCUCGUGAUCCUCAAUUUCUCGAAUGAUGAACUACCCCUGAAUACGUUGCAGAGGCAUUUGCUCGGCCAUUCGUAUCAUUUGCUGGCGAGCAAUGUGGCCAAGACGAGGGAGUUGUUGCAGGCGUGGGAGGGGAGGGUGUAUUUGAUAAGGGAUGGGUUGGAUCCAAGCAAAGGGGCGGCGAAUGUUGGGGAGGUGCAGGAUCGGUAUCCUGGGUCGAGGGAGGGCGUGGUGGCGAAGCGUAAUUAG